GACACACAGGUAUGUGAAUACCUAGAGCAGACAAGCAAUCACACGUCGUUAUGGCGAAACUGAGGAUAUAACUACAAAAAAACUGCUCACAUUAGCUGUGAAAUAUUAAAAGCUGCCUUUUGGUUUUUAAUUUUAUGACAAAGAAAUGAAAACCAGAGGGAAUAAGAAAUCUUUCAGAGCCGUGAAGUACACGUUAUUUGUGUGCUGCUACGUAUUCUGGGUGUUCAGUGCUGGUCUAAUUGCUGUUGGGAUCUAUGCAAAAAUUGCCAAAGAGUCAGAUGUAGUGGAUACGCUGAUGGCAGAUCCAGCACUGCUGUUGAUUGUUGUGGGUUCUCUCAUGUUCACCAUCACUUUCCUCGGCUGUUUUGGAGCACUGCGUAACGCCUCCUUGCUGCUCAACAUGUUUGUAGCAAUUUUGUUGGUGGUUCUGCUGCUGCAAGUAACAGCUGCUGUGCUGGGUCUUCUGUUUUCUGAAAAGGUUCAAGAGAGGACGGAGCAGCUGAUGAUGAAGGCGAUUGUGCGCUAUCGUGAUGAUCAGGACUUGGAAAAUGUUAUUGAUUUUGUACAGAAAAAGUUCAAGUGCUGUGGGGUGGAUUCCUACUUGGAUUGGUCUAAAAACAUGUACUUUAACUCGUCUGAGCACAAUCCCAGUUUGGAGGCCUAUGGAGUGCCUUUCUCCUGCUGUAUACGCCAAAAGAAUGAGACUGUGUUCAACUCUAUGUGUGGCUACGAGACCCAAAAGAUGAAGAAAAGUCUGGCCGGUCGCCUCAUCUACACCUCUGGUUGUCUAGAUGAGAUGGUCUGGUGGGGACAACAGAACCUUCUGCUGGUGGGUGGGAUGACCCUUGUCCUACUUUGCCUUGAGGUGAGAUUUUUUUCACCUGCCAAAAGUCCUUUAAACUUUAAGUCUUGUCUUUUAGUAAAUUUGUAUUUCCAUGCAUUAAAUAGUAUAAUAAUAAAUAAUAAUAAAUAGUAAAUUUUUUCUUCUUUAUCUUGUUUAGUACAGGCAAUCAAAUCUAGGCCACCACAAUAAACUAUUAUUAGUAAACAAAUACUCUGUGUUAGUUCACCCAAAAAUUGUGCUAUUACUUAUUCACCCUCAUUUCAUUCCAAACCCCUGAGAUCUUCGUUCAUAUUCAGAACACAAAUGAAGUUAUUUUAGAUGAAUUCAGAGAGCUCCCUCAUCUUCCAUACAAAGCAAGGUUCCCGAAGUCCUGAAAAAAAAAUCCCUAUAAAAGUAUAGGGUGUGCGUUUAUACGGUAUAUCGCUCUUGGCCUCAUAUUAGCCUAAACAGAGGAAGCUACAUGCAUAUUUAAAUGAACAAUAUUGUUCAUAAAUGUGCGCAAUAUACUGACACUGAGGAGAAAUUACUGUUGAAUAAAGUCAAUGUUUUUGUUUUAUGUGCACACUAUGUAUUGUAGCUUUAUAAUAAUCCCAUUGGAUGACAGUGGGUAGCACGAUCGCCUCACGGCAAGAAAGUUGCUGGUUCGAGCCUCAUUUGGGUCAGUUGGCAUG